ACAAUAGCUUAAAGUAGCCCCCGGAAGACUGGACAGCCUCGUAUACAGAGCGAGACUUCUCGUGUGCACUGUCAGGAGAAAAUUCGAGAGAAAACCAUUGAUGAAGAACCUUGCAUAACCUCAUCAGGGGAGGAGUUCGUUAAAAUGUCGUUUCUAAGUAAAAGAUUGGUGAUUGGUGCGAGAAAGUCACUUCAUAAAUUCCCACAUAGCCAAUUUCAUGGAGCACAGAAGCUUUGCACAGCCCCUGCAGUCCCCAAAACCAUUGCUGACAUUGGCUUGAUUCAAAAGAGGAUGAUGCAACAUCGAUACAAUCAGCUUACAACUGCAGUAAUCAGAUCGUGUUCAACCCAAUUUGGAAUUAGUGGAAGACCUGUCCCAACUGAAUGUUAUCCAAGACAAGGCAGGGAUGGCAAACAAGGAAGUAGCAAAAGUGGACCAAAUGAGAAUAAUCAAAGCAGUAAUGGAGACAGAGGCGACAAUGGAGGCAAGAAGGAUCCGGAGGUUAUAAUUGAUGGAUCUUCAAAUGACAAUCCAAAUAUCAGCAAUACAGCACUAGCCCAAAUAGGAGUUCCGGAUAACUUUCCUGAGGUUCCAAUCCUACCAGUGCUGCGGAAUCCAAUCUUCCCCAAAUUUGUGAAACUAAUCGAGGUUUCAGACAAGUCACUUAUAGAUCUAAUAAGAAGAAAAUGUAAGCUAAUGCAGCCCUAUGCUGGUGCUUUCCUCAGAAAAGAUGACAAGGAAACUGAAACAAUUGAAAGUCUUGAUGAGAUAUACAAUACUGGGACUUUUGUGCAAGUUCAAGAGCUGCAUGACACAGGGGAUAAGUUGAGAAUGAUUAUUGCAGGCCACAGAAGAAUAAAGAUAACAGAGGCGAUCGAAGAGGGCGGAAUCUCUGCCCUUGUAACUGAUGAGACAGAUGAUGGCCAAAAGUCAGCAACGCUUGGAGAAGACGCGAAUAAAGAGGAAUUUCUAGAAGAAAAGGAAGAGCAUCUGAGUACUGCUGAAGUCAUUCAGGAGGACGUUGAUGAAAUUGUCAAUGAAGGAGGGAAGAAGCCUAUCUUAAUGGCUAAAAUUGAAAAUGUUUAUCAUGAACCGUUUCAGAUGACCCAGGAAGUGAAGGCUACUGCUGCUGAAGUCAUCAAGACAAUAAGAGAUAUCAUUGCCCUAAAUCCGUUGUAUAAAGAGUCGCUGGCUCAACUAAUUGAGGCAGGAAAAAGGGUUGUUGACAACCCAACGCAUUUAGCAGAUUUUGGUGCCGCCCUUACCAGUGCUGACCCUGCGCAGCUACAGGCCGUCCUGGAGGAGACUAAUAUACCAAACAGACUGAUGCUUACUUUAGAGCUACUGAAGAAGGAACUUGCAAUAUGCAUGCUUCAACAAAAACUUGGCAAAGAGGUUGAAGAAAAGGUUAACAAAAUGCAAAGAAAGUAUCUUCUACAAGAACAAUUGAAAAUAAUUAAGAAGGAAUUGGGUUUAGAAAAGGACGACAAGGACACUGUUAUUGAAAAGUUCAAAGAAAGGCUGAAGGAGAAAGAUGUUCCAAAGUCUGUGCAAGAUGUCAUUGACGAAGAAAUGAACAAAAUCCAGUUUCUUGACAAUCAUUCAUCAGAAUUCAGUGUUAGCCGAAACUAUUUGGAUUGGCUGACGUGCAUUCCGUGGGGGACUCACAGUGAAGAGAAUUUUGAUAUAAAAAAAGCAAAGGAAAUUCUUGACGAGGAUCAUUAUGGCCUUGAAGACAUUAAAGAUCGAAUCCUUGAAUUCAUUGCUGUUGGCCAGCUUAGUGGAUCCGUCCAAGGAAAGAUAUUGUGCUUUACUGGCCCACCAGGUGUUGGUAAAACAAGCAUUGCGCGGUCCAUUGCAAGAGCUCUAAACAGAGAGUAUUUUAGAUUCAGUGUUGGUGGCAUGACGGAUGUUGCAGAGAUCAAGGGCCAUCGACGAACGUACGUUGGUGCAAUGCCAGGAAAGAUUAUCCAGUGCUUGAAGAAAACCAAAACACAAAACCCCUUGAUUCUUAUCGAUGAGGUGGAUAAAAUCGGCCGUGGGAUUCAGGGCGACCCGGCUUCUGCAUUACUCGAAUUGCUGGACCCAGAACAAAAUGUCAACUUUUUGGAUCACUACUUAGAUGUUCCUAUUGAUCUAUCAAAGGUGUUGUUCAUUUGCACAGCAAAUGUCAUUGAUACGAUUCCAGGGCCGUUAAAGGAUCGAAUGGAAAUGAUCCAUGUUUCUGGCUACGUAGAAGACGAAAAAUUCAACAUUGCGCAGAAAUACUUGAUUCCCGUGGCGCAAGAGCGAGCAGGCUUAAAAGAUUCUGAUGUCAAUAUAACUGAUGAGGCAUUGAAGACGUUGAUAAGAUCAUACUGCAGAGAGAACGGAGUGAGGAACCUGCAAAAGCAUAUCGAAAAGGUUUUCAGGAAGACAGCCCUGAUGCUCGUUGAACAAGGAGGUGGCGAGAUCAAAAUUCUCGAUAACAAUUUAAAGAAAUUUGUUGGCAAUCCAGUGUUUAAUACUGAGAGAAUUUAUGAAGAAACACCCCCAGGAGUGUCAACUGGUCUUGCCUGGACAUCAAUGGGUGGAUCGACUUUGUUUAUAGAAACUGCUGUUAAAAAAGUUUCUAAAAAAGGUGUCGAUAAAGGAAAAGGUUCCUUGGAGGUUACUGGUCAACUGGGGGAUGUUAUGAAAGAAAGUUCCCAUAUAGCUUACACAUUCGCAAAAGGCUUCCUUUCUCGAACGGAUGCCGAAAAUGACUUCUUUGACAAUGCUUCAAUACACUUACAUGUUCCAGAGGGAGCCACUCCGAAAGACGGUCCAUCAGCCGGUUGUACAAUCAUAACAGCCUUGCUUUCUCUGGCUUUUGAUAGACCGAUAAAACAAAACCUUGCUAUGACUGGUGAAGUUUCACUCACAGGAAAGGUUUUACCUGUUGGCGGGAUCAAAGAGAAGUUAAUAGCUGCAAAACGUGCAAAUAUAUCAACAGUCAUUUUACCAGAAGGCAACAGAAAAGAUUAUGAAGACUUGCAAAGUUUCAUAAAACAAAACUUAGAAGUGCAUUUUGUUAGUAACUACUAUACGAAAUAGCACUGAAUUAUUCGGAAAACAAUGCAGAGCAAGACAACAGCUCGUAGAAUUAUAUAUAUUAUUAUUAGCUAUUUACUUCCCAUUUAAUUCUAUAAAACAUUAAAGUUGGGUAUUUUACAAUCUUUAAUCUAAAUCUCAAAACCUGCCUAUAACCUUCACCGAGUAUACUUAGUAUCAGCUUUAGAUAAUACCCGUGGAGAAGUAUGUAAUUAAUCAAGAAAAUAAGAUUUGUAGGCAAAAUAAACGGAAAAGAAGCCCAGUGUUUCUAAUUUAUCGAUAAGCCGAACAUUAUAUUUUCCAAAUUUUUUUUAGAUCCGCGAAACCAGUUUUAUUUUCAAGGAAGUGAAAGAAAUUUGUUUGAUUCUUAGUUAUUUUUCUUUCCUUUUUCCAAUGCCAAAAAUCCCAAUUUUCGAAGUAAAUUCUCCAAAUAACAAGAUGAAUGCCCCUUCCAAUACCCCGCGAUAACGUUUCCAUCGUUCAAUGGGCUAUUCUUCCCUUUAUUCUUUCACUAGAUCAUUUUGCUUAAAGGGAAACAGUGGAUUGGGCUGGGGGUGCUACAUAAAAAAACAAACUACAAUGAUUAGACAAGUGUGGCUUAUACACAGGUUUUCGUUGUUUUGGUAGUGUUUUACAAGAAUCACAUCUGCCAAUUAGCUGUUUGAAAACUGAGUAAAUAGCUGAUUUAUAUUGGUAUAAAUGAAGAUAUUCUCGAGAGUUUAUUACUGGUUGUUGCUCCUCAGUCAAAACAACGUCCAAGGAAAUUUGUAUCGUUAAUUACUCUGUGUUUCAGUUAAUUCUAUUUGUCCACUCCAAUACUUCAGUCAAGUCCUUUGAUUGUCCAAAUAAUACCGAACUAUUGUUUUUGUUGUCUUUUGGCUUGAGGAGGGUCGUAUUAUCAACUUGGGAUGAAAUACAGAGUUGACAACUGCUUCAAUUCUUUCUCAAACCAAUAGGCCGAUUUUUUGCAACCUUUCUACAAAAGUAAAAGAAAGGGCCUUGUAUGGAAGUAGUUAGCAUAAUAACUUUGCUAUAAAUGAUGUCCCGCAGGUAGACUUGUUAUCCAUUAAGUAGAUGGUAUACAGUUAAUCCGUGCUUUAUAAAUGCAUAAAUUUCAUCUGUAUUGGCGAAUGCAUAAAGAAAGAAAAGA